UGUACUAAGGGGGUGUACAUCGAACAAGACGUCUGACCUAUAUUUGCAUAAUUUUGUGUGAUAUUUUGGACUCUUCAUGUAAACACUAUUCCUAUAAAAGCGAGAGUUUUGUCCGAAAAUGAUAGUUCGCAAACUACUUCCAGCAACUAAUAAAAUGGACAAACGAGUUCUGCUCUUCUUCUUCCUCAUUAACAUUAUUUACGUCUGGUCUUCACCGCACAUGGUCCACUUGAUGAACAAACGCGAAAUUUUCUGCGGCACAAAACUGGCCGAGACUUUAGCAAUGCUCUGCAAAGGGAACUACUACUCUCCGAAUCCAAACCCAACCAAAAAGUCGACCAAUGAUAUUUUCGCCUACAACGAAUACGACGAGUAUUUCCCCAACGAGAGCGACGACGAAAAUCAACUCGAUUUUCCGUUCCUUCAAAAAGAAGCGGUCAAUUCGUUUCUUCCAAUCAGAUUUCGGAGGACCAGAGUUGGGAUUGUGGACGAAUGUUGCCGGAAACCCUGCUCUCUCAAACACUUGAGUUUGUACUGUGGACAAUAACUUAAUAAUAGUGCUCGUAGUUACGCUAAAAAAUUAUGAUAUUUUUUGUAAAAGAAUAAACGAUGUUGCAUACA